CUUUCUUUCUUUAGAACCAACCAAAGAAACCAAACUUGGGAACCAAACUUGGGAUUUAAAGGGGGAAUCUUUCGAAACAUUAUUGGCUUCCGUAGUCUCAUGUGUCUUCUUGAUAUCUAACAUGCUUCCUGGGUUUUGUUAACACAAGGACCAUUGGAAACUGCGGGUAAUGAUUGAUGAUAUGGCUGGGGAGGUUGAAGAAUCAUUUAGCAUUAACUUUCAGGCCAAUUCUAUACAUUCGGGCUCGAUCUCAUUCGGCAGAUUUGAAACAGAACCUUUAUCUUGGGAAAGAAGGUCUUCUUUCUCUCACAAUAGGUACUUAGAAGAGGUUGAGAAAUGUUCAAAACCAGGUUUAGUCACUCAGAAAAAAGCAUAUUUCGAAGCUCAUUGCAAGGAGAAGGGCCUUUUUGGAUUUAUUCCGUCCGGUGGUCAUGAUAAAUCGGAUAGAGCAAACUGCGAAAACAAAGGCUCAGAGGGAAUGAGCAACCAUGAAGGUUUUGAUUCAAAUGAUGAUGUCCAUUAUGUUCAAUAUGAUGAAAUGUCACGAGAGGAUUUCGAUUCGAAUGAAAAUACACAUUCUGUUCAGUUAGAAAAGAAUUUCCAAGAGCCAAAUGAAGAUGACUUCUAUAUUCAAUUUGAUCAAAGAUUCCAAGAAGAUUUCGGAGCAGAUGUAGCAAGCAACUAUGUUGAAAUAGAAGAAAGAUCCCAAGAGGAGUUUGUGCAUAAACACAAUGGUUCAGAUUACCAUGGAGAUUAUGAAAUGAUUACAUGUGAAAGAGAAUAUGUCAUCAGAGAAUGUCCAAUUGUUUCAGUUUCAAGUUUGCAGACAGAAUCUCCUAUGAACAGUUCAAAUUAUUUGGAAGAUUUCACUCAUAAAGAUAUUACCUUGGAUGAAGCUUGUCGAUUUGAAAAUGAAACAAGAAAUAUACUCUUAGUCAGUUAUGAGGGGGUUACUGAAGCGAAGAAAGACGAUGAAACUGCAAAUGAUGAUGAAUUUUCAAGAAGCACCAGUAUGACUGUGAAUGAACCAGCUCAUGGUGUUGAUAGAGCAAUUUUGCAUGAUCCUGUGAAUCCUUCUCCGAAGGAAACAAAGACCAAGCCUAGUCUGAAUUUUGAAGUGAAAAAUAUUCAAGUGCGCAAAAGCAGUUCUUCAAGAUCAUCAAAGGACCCUGCAAAAUAUCAUGGUAGAGAGAGUCCAAGGAGAACAACUAUGGGAAAGAAUUCCUCUAAACCUGCAACUCCAACUACUCGAUCAUUGAGCAGAACCACCAAAGAGGUUUCUAAAGUUCCGGAAAGCCUAAUUCAUGAAAGAAAAAGUGAUAAAGUAUCAAGGGUUAAAAAGGAUGCAGAAUCCCAAGCUACUGUGCUAAAAACCAAUUCCAAAGGAAUUCAAGAAGCAGAGAGGUCAAAUCGAACUUUCAAUACAACAAAGUCUGAUGGUAAGCCUAAGGCUGCAGCUUUCAACUUUAAAUGUAGUGAACGAGCGGAACGGAGAAAAGAGUUCUACUUGAAGUUGGAAGAAAAAUUGCAUGCCAAGGAAGCUGAGAUGAAUCAAAUACAAGCAAUAUCACAGGAGAAGAAAGAAGCUGACAUUAAGAAACUCCGGAAGAGUCUUACCUUUAAAGCAACGCCAAUGCCUUCAUUUUAUCGCACGAAUUCACCUUCACAAUCACAGGGUAAUAAGGCUGUGUCAAGUAACACCAGAAGUAGCAAAGCACAGAAUCAACCAAAAUGUUCAGGGAGUGAAGCAGCUGUAUCAUUACCUUCAAAAUCGAAGACCAGAAGUGAUCAAUCUUCUUGUGAAUAUGUAACAUCAAACGAACAAUAUAGUAUUUUGGUCGAAGAGUGCAGUCAGACAAAUGUGUCUAAAGCCAGUCGAACAAUUUCUCCUGCUCCAUCAACCAGCCAGAGCUGCGGCCCCAAUCCUGCAACAAAUAAUCGCCUUUCUGGAGAGAAAGAACAAGCAAAGGUUACACUGCAAAAACAUAGAGUAUCGGAGAGUAGUAAAGGAGCAAAAAGACAAGACAAUGAAGGAAAAGACAGUGAUCAAACUCAAAAAACAUCAAAACACAGAUUUGAGAUCAUGAGAAACAGUUCUUCUAGAGGUGGUAAUCUCACUGUACGUGUUGCUUCCUGAAGAAGAUUGCCCCUUCAUCUUAAAUCUUGAGCCAUUUGAUUAAAGCAUAUUGCAGAAUGCUGAUUGAAGUAGCAGCAGCAUGUUUAGACAGUAUUAUGCAGAAUGCAGAUUGAAAUAGCAACAGCAUAUUAGUGUUCAGGAUAUUUAAUUGAUGGUAUAGCUGAGGUAAUUUAAUGAGGGUUACUAAUUUUAGUGGUAGUUACACUGUUAUAUAGGCAGCAAUAGCAUGUAAAAGUGAGCUUUAGAAAAUACUAAUUUGCAUACUUUUUACUGUUGUUCCUGUUAGACCUUAGAACCUUAAAGUAUUUGUUUAUCAUAAAAUAAAUGAACUUGAUUGAACUUUUUGUUUUCAAAUA